CCAAAGUCCAAACCAACCCAACUCUGAUCUCUAUCUCUUUAAGCAACUGUAAGCAUCAUAAUUCAUAAGUCACAGCAGCUUGGUAGCCCAUCCCCCUAAAACAAGGUCCCUUUGUUGUUCAGAACCUGAGGCUACUGACCUAACUGUGCUGUAUUGCCAUAAAAGUCCAACUUCUCUGCACAACCCCACCUCCCUCCUUGCCUCGUUUAACCUGUCUCUCUCCCUUUUUAAUUCCCACCCUUUUCACCGUUCUUCUCCAACUUUCCCUUUCAAUUUCCACCCUUUAAAAAGCUUAUUGGUUUCUUGCUGUCUUGGCCAUUUCUUCCACAAUGGAUGACUACUAUAAACGGAGCGGUCAAAUUCCGGCGUUUGGGGACUGGGAUUAUGCCAAUGAGCUGCCAAUCACUCAGUAUUUUGAGUGUGCAAGGCAAGCUGGUUUGAUCAGGUUCAGCUCUUCUUCUGGUGAGAGCGAUGUUCCGGCAGCCUAUCUGCAUGCUGACUUGUAUGCUGUUGAUGUUAAGAAGAUGAAGAAGAAGCCUUCUCGUGUUGUUGUUGCUCCUAAUUCUCGAAAGACAACUGCAAGAGGGAGAGAAAAGAGAUGCACUCAAAACCCGCAUGUCAAGGAGCAAAAGAAGCAGCAGCAUCAAGCUAAGGUCCAUGACGAAGUGACUGAACCGUCAAAGCUACACUACCAGCAGUAUCACACUCGCCGCAACGAUGCCGUUUUGCGACCAAGGAGGCCUCCCAAGCCGGUUGAUGAAGACCUCUACAAGAUACCACCUGAGCUCCUUCACUCUACCAAGCGGAAGAAAAUGCUGGGAUUGUUCUCUUGCUUGGUGCCUGCUUGUGCUUCAUGAGUUUGGAAUCCACAGGGAGGGGGAGGGGGUAAUCAUUUGCUCCUAGGAAAGGAAAGAAUGCCCCUAUAGCGAUUGAUCACUAGGGAAAUAUGUCACAAACACUAGUACUGCUGCUCUUAUUUUGAUGGGGAUGUAACAAUCAGCAAUAGAUAACUUUGACGUUAAUGCCAUUAGGAUUCACUCUUUUGUUCUUUUUAACUUUUUGAGCUGAUGUCAAAGACCAAGAAAGGUUAAUUUGUAUCCUACAUUGCUAAUGAUAGUUAUUUCACCCUC